CACGGGGUCGGGGGUCGCGGGCGCUUCCCCGGCCGCGAGGCUGGGCUGCCCUGGGAGCCCCCCAGACUUGCCUGGGGGUCUCCGCCGGUGCAGCCACCGCGGAGCGGGUGUGACUGAGAUCGAUGAGGAGCCCGCCCCCGCUCAAGGGCUGGAGAGCGGCCGGUCCUAGCGCCCGCCGCAGCGGCAGGCCGGGCCGAGGCCGCAGCGGCGGCAGUGGCGGCAGCGGCAGCUCGAGGCCGCAGCGGCCUAGCUUUUCGGAGCGCCUCCGGGACGCUGAUGGCAGCGCGCGGCCUGGCCCAGGCUUUAGCUACCGUGUCCCUCAGUGUGAGCCUGUCGUGCGUGACCGUCAGGUCAAGUAUAGUAAGAGGUAGAGAGGCAUAUACCAAUUGCUUUUCAUCACGUUCAUUCCAUCUAAGCUCAGUCAUUAUGUCAGGUUCAAAUGGUGCUGAUGAAAAUUCUCACAACAAGGCUCGGACAUCACCUUAUCCAGGUUCAAAAGUUGAACGUAGUCAGGUACCCAAUGAGAAAGUGGGCUGGCUUGUUGAGUGGCAGGAGUAUAAUCCUGUGGAGUAUACUGCAGUCUCUGUCUUGGCUGGACCCAUGUGGGCAGAUCCACAAAUCAGUGAAAGAAAUUUUUCUCCUAAGUUUAAUGAAAAGGAUGGACAUGUUGAACGAAAGAGCCAGAAUGGCUUGUAUGAGAUUGAAAAUGGUCGACCUAGAAAUCCAGCAGGUCGGACAGGACUGGUAGGCCGGGGACUUUUGGGACGUUGGGGCCCAAACCAUGCUGCAGAUCCCAUUAUUACUAGGUGGAAAAGGGACAGCAGUGGAAAUAAAGUCAUUCACCCUCAUUCUGGGAAAAAUAUCUUACAAUUUGUAGCAAUCAAAAGGAAAGACUGUGGAGAAUGGGCAAUCCCAGGGGGAAUGGUGGAUCCAGGAGAGAAAAUCAGUGCUACCUUGAAACGAGAGUUUGGUGAAGAAGCUAUGAACUCCUUACAGAAAUCCACUGCUGAGAAGCAGGAGAUGGAGGAGCAAUUGCAUAAACUCUUCAGUCAAGAACAUUUAGUGGUUUAUAAAGGAUAUGUGGAUGAUCCUCGAAAUACUGAUAAUGCGUGGAUGGAGACGGAAGCUGUGAAUUAUCAUGAUGAAACAGGUGAGACAAUGGAUAAUCUGGCUCUGGAAGCAGGAGAUGAUGCUGGGAAAGUGAAAUGGGUGGACAUCAGUGAUAAACUGAAGCUUUAUGCCAGCCAUUCCCAGUUCAUCAAACUUGUGGCUGAGAAACGUGGAGCUCACUGGAGUGAGGACUCAGAUGCUGGCUGCCAUGGAUGAUAGCCUAAGAACCUCCGUGUAUAUUUCAGGUCUUCAGAUGAACAGUUGUGGAGAACACAGCAUGAAUUAGAAAGGGCAGGUCACUUAUUUUGAUGGUGGUUUUAUUCAUUUCUGAAAUUGUGUUUGAAUGCAAAUAGAGUGGAAUGCUAAAAGAGAAGAAAAGCUUUCUAGCUAUGAGAAGAGGAGUAUAAAAAGUAGCCUUUUGUACGUGUUAUAUUUAGGCAUGGCUUAAACCAAAUUAAAUUACUGCUGCUUUUUGAAGAAUUGCAGACCUAAAUAAAGAAAUGACUGAACGCAUAUGUGCCUGAUGACCGUCUUCUCCACUUUCUUCUCAGCUGGUUGGGUCGUUCUCCCUUGCCACUCUUUUCCUCUUGUUGUUCACUUGAAGCUUGGAGUACUGCUGCUUUUUUUAGGACACCAUGUGCUCUAGAAGGAGCAACAUCAUUAGAGAGUCUCCUAUAAAGCCUAAUUCCUUUUGUAUCUACUUCAAAUUUAGCUUUGGGUGAUCAUGUGGAAGCUGUUUUUAAGAGCUGCACCUUUUGGGGCAUUCUCGACUUUAAAAGGAUCAAUUUUAUGAAAAAAAUUUAGUUAUUCUUUUCGUGAAUAAUGAGAACCAGAGCUCACAUUGUUUCCAUUUUAGAAAAUUCUUCUCAAUAAAGACUUGUCCAGAAAUUGA